AUUUAUACAGAAUUUCUUUUAAAGUCCGUUCAGCUGGCUAGAAAAAUUUGAAGAGCAAUGGCAAGUAAAAUUGAUUUCGGAAUUCGUGGAGCCAUUCAGAACGAACCAAACAAUCGUACCUCUCGGCCCGGAGGGAAAAAAAAUUACUUUAGACAAUUUCCAUCCAAUAUUGAUUAUCACCAUUUGGGACGCUUGGUCUUUUCUCUGGACCUACGCAUUUCAACCCACAAUGAAGAUGAAAUUAAACGAACAAAUAGAUUAUUUGAUGGAAAGUCUGAAACGCUUAGCAGAAAGUUUGAUAAUAAUUCAACCGAAAGAACAAUUGAGACCAUCAACUGUGAACGUAACGUACUCAGUAGAAACUUCGAGACAAGAAGGAAUAGUUGUGAAAUAUAUGAUGGGUGCAUCGAUUCGUUGCAAACGAUCAAUGAACAAAAAACUAGCGGAGUCAAGGAUGAAGCAAAUGGAAACGUUACAAUGGGCAAAGAAUGUGAAGGAUGUUCUAACCGAAGAACAAUGGGAGAAUUGCAAGCACGCUUUGGGAAAUUGUUCAGAAUCGGUUCCCUGGGAGACAAUGCGUGGAAAUCCACAAUCCCUCCAAGGACGUGCCGUCUUAUACACGCGCAGUCUCGCUAUACCCAGGGGGGAUCAUCAAGUAUUGAGUGUCAUACAACCGUGCAUCAAGUGCAAUUAUGUGAUGGAAAUGAUGAAUCGUCAUCAGGUUGCAACAAUACACUCGUAUUAGUUGACGCAUUUGAAGAUAAAUCUCGUGUUGCAACCUCUUGUAAGUUUAAAAUUUUUGAUAGUGACCCAAAAGAAUUAACUUACUAUAUAAAGUGUAUUGCUGAAUUUGGAUUCAAUCAUAUAAUUAUUGUCGGAGAGACCAACGGUGGAAUGGUCUUUUUAGAUUGUUAUGGUCGUGUUUUUCUGUGGAACGAUGAAAGUUUAUCAUUAUGGCCACUUGGGGAUUCUCCCGAAGAAGCGUCAAAGUACACAAUUAAAGGAAAAGAUCGACUGGAAUGGUUUGUAGAAAAUGGAAUUGUAUAUGAGAUUAUUGAGAAAUGGCAAGAUAUAUAUUAA